AUCCAGUUAAUUGCCUCAGCAAUGCAAAAUCUGAAACGUCGGUUGGGGUUUACGGCUGUCAGUGGCGCAUAAUAUAACAAGCUAGGUUGCAAAGGGGUUGUUCUAUGGUGGUAAAUGACGUUCUAAAUUUAAGUGUGUGAGUUUUCAGUGUUGCGAAAAGAGAGGCUUUUGUUUGAAGAUACCAAGGAUGUCUAAGAAUGUACGGAAACUGACAGACCAGAACAUAAAUCCUUGUUUAGAGGAAACCGAUGAUUCCAGGAAAUGUUUGGCUACAAAUAACUACAAAAAGGACAUGUGCUCUUCCUAUUUUAUAAGAUACAAAAACUGCAGGAAAUUUUGGCACAACAUAAUGACGCAGAGGAGGAGGGACGGUGUAAAGCCUGACAUGCCGAGUGCAGACGAGAGGCAGCAAAUAUUACAAGCUAUUGGUGGGAAACCAUAUUGAUCACUGUGUUUAUUUUUGUUUGGUAAGAUUAUGAUUGGAUUCCAAACUGAACUAUGUGAUGGUAUGCAGUGUGUAAAAGGAAGUCCAUUAUGUAUGUAUAUGGAAUAAUUGUCAGUGCAGUUUAAUGUGCCUCGGAGUGUUGAUACAAAAAAAUAAUUUUGUAUAUGAAAUAUCAUGGUGUGCUACCUCCUGUUUGAUGGAUGUGGAAAAAAAAAAAAAAAACAUGCCUCACUCUACCUUUUUGUCUGUUUGUUUUUUAAAAUUGUAAUAUAUUUAACAAAUAUCAGUCUGUAAUUAAAUGUUAUGUACCAAUGCAUUACAUUACAAAAUAUCAGUGUGUCAUAUUUCCUAAUGUGUUGGUUCUCGCACAUCCUUCAAAAAAUGAGGAUCUAAAAAGUGUAUAAUGAGUUUAAUGCGGACUUGAUCAGAAUGAGCCAUCAAUGUUUAUCCAACAAAUACUGAUACACACUCCAUGUGCAUGUAAAACCUGCUGAUAUUGUAUGUCCAAAAUGGUUAGCUACUGUAAGUAAAAUGUUAGUUGAAGUGUGCAAGUUGUUCCCUCUUCUGUAUUGGGAAGCAGCUUGGCACUGUAUGACAUUGUCAAGAAAGUCAACUGACAGUGAAUGGGUGCUGGAGACUACUGUACUUGCUAUAAAUAUAAUUCAAUAUUAAAGUGUUGAAUAGCCAACAAAUAGAUCGCUAUUUCACAUUUAGCAAGACAAACAAAUUCCUCUAAGACAUUACUGAUGUAUCCCUUCUUUGAGGCGAUCAGUCUUCGAUAUUACUUUGAUUAUUGUGUAUUCAGAGGUUUCAUUGAAGUCUGGGGAAAGUGUACUAUGUUCCUGGGUAUCCAUAAAAUCAUCAUGUGUUAUGCAUAUGGCAUUUAAACAUAUAAGUAGCUGAUGUGCCUCAAUCUGUUUUCACAUGCUUGUUUGCUUAGACUUUAGAUGAAGCAAUGAAAAGGGCUGAACAAAACACUAAGGGAUAACAAAAAGAUCUGUAACAUUUGUUCUUCUCAAGAAGUUUUGGGUAGUGUAAAUAACACAUAUUUUUGUACAAUGAAAUAGUCCCUAUAAUUUUUUUUUUCUUUUUAAAUAGUGCCCCUUUUAAAAAUAAUUUUAGAUCUUUGUUUGAACUUCAACAUUAACAGUAUAAUCAUUCUUCCCUUUUUUUAUUUUUAUUUUUUUAAAUAGGCUCUUGUAUGUUUUCUCCUGUGAAAUAAGUAUUGUAUUUAACAACACUAGAGGGUGCCAACAGGCUUUACAAAAUAUAAUGUGCCUUACAGACACGCCAGGCAGCAUAACAGUUUACAGUAAUAAACAUUUAAUUUUGCUGUUUAAUUAUACAGUAUAUACCAAAAGAGAAUAUAUAUAUAUAUAUAUAUAUAUAUAUAUAGUAAUAUGUAGCCUUACCCACUGAGGCUCACACUUCACCCUUUUUUCACAGACCCAGACACAAAACUUUAAGCACUUUCAUGCGCUUUAAUUAUUUACAAAAACAAAUGCACAAACAUAAACCUAACUCCACUUUGGAGUGCUAAACUAAACUUUCUGUCUUCUUAACUACAAGUGGACGGCUAAGCUGUUUACCAGUAAAACAAAACACUUUUUAAAACACUUUUCACAGUACCUUUCUCCUUAAUUUUUAAUUUUGAAAGAAAUGGUAGUGCCUUGCGCCAAGUUAUCAGUGAGAACUGUCAGACUACAUAUAGCAAGGAUAGUUUACAUGUUUUCAUGAUAUUGGCGCGGCAAAAGUAAAUCGGCCAAAAGUACCAUUUUAUGUAUAAUUUGUAGUUCCCAACACCCUUAAGUGAAAUGUAGAAAAAAAGUCAAUAUUUGUGUGACAGAUUGAAUGAGUCUUGGUGUUAGAUCUCCUUCCUGACCUGUGAGGGCACUGUGUAAAGGGAAUAGAGUACCCUGGACUAGAUGGCCCAACAAUUCAUUAUCAGGGUUAGGCGGAAGUCUAGAAAGGAGAUGGAGCUACGAUAUACUAAAUCAUUGACCCAGGAGGUUAAAGGUGUGGCAACUGGAUUGGAGGCGCGGACAUGGGGUCAUGGUUGACGGUAUGCAAAGGGGACGUAAUGUUCCUUGUGAUGGUUACGCUAAACCGAAAGGACCUGUAUAGAGAAAAGUACCAUGACUGUUAUGUUUGUUUUGUCUGUCUUGUCUUUACUAGAACUGUGUGUUUUUGUUAGAUUAGACGUCUAACAUGAUCCAGAGUUGUCGCUUAAGGCCAGCACUAAAACCAGACAGCACUGCACAUUGUAUCACGGAUAAAUUGUACUUCACCACAGGCACUACAGCACUCACUUUGGACUUGUGACUGUGUUUGUGUUUUGUUUGUAUGUACUGAAUUAUUAUUAUUUAUGAGACUGCAACCCACAAUUAUCCUCUGCGCAAAAUGCAUCGCUGUGUGUAUCGCCAGCCCUCCUUUUGUUUACUGUUUGGUUAUCAGACCGAUUUGCUAAAUAAAACAGAAACCAUUUCA